AGACCCUAGACUAAUGAGUGCCAAGUAACUUGAAAAUCUUUACACGAGGUUAUCGGUUUAAAUUUAGUAAACCUAAUUUGUUUGAUUAUUUUCAGUCAAGUAAGAAUUUAUUAUUUAUAAUUUUCAUAAGUGAAAGUAUAUUAAAAUGGCUGCAAUCAGCUUAUUAAACCCAAAAGCCGAAUUUGCCCGCGCAGCACAAGCUUUAGCUGUUAAUAUUUCAGCUGCAAAAGGUAUUCAAGAUGUUAUGAAGACCAAUUUAGGUCCAAAAGGAACAAUGAAAAUGCUUGUAUCGGGAGCAGGUGAUAUAAAAAUUACAAAAGAUGGGAAUGUACUCUUACAUGAAAUGCAAAUCCAACAUCCAACUGCAAGUUUGAUUGCUAGAGCUUCAACAGCAAUGGAUGAUGCUACUGGAGAUGGUACUACUUCUACUGUUAUUAUUAUUGGUGAAUUAUUAAAACAAGCAGAAAAUUUAAUUUCUGAGGGAGUGCAUCCAAGAGUUUUAACAGAAGGAAUGAUCAAAGCACGUGAUAAGGCUCUUGAGCUUUUAGAAAAUUUCAAAAUUAUUGGUGUACCAGAUCGUCAACGUCUUUAUGAUGUUGCUUCUACCUCUCUUCGUACAAAAAUUGAUAGAAAAUUAGCUGAUCAAAUGUCUGAAAUGUGUGUUGAUGCUGUUUUAAGUAUACAAAGAAAAGAUGGUAUUGAUUUACAUAUGAUUGAAUUAAUGGAAAUGCAACACAAAACAGCUUCAGAAACUACUUUAGUCAAAGGACUUGUUCUUGACCAUGGUUCAAGACAUCCAGAUAUGCCCAGAAAGGUUGAAAAUGCUUAUAUUUUAACAUGUAAUGUCAGUAUGGAAUAUGAAAAAAGUGAAGUGAAUUCUGGAUUCUUUUACAAAACUGCUGAAGAAAGAGAAAAGUUAGCUUUAGCAGAACGUGAUUUUAUUGAACAAAGAGUGAAAAAAGUCAUUGAAUUGAAAAGAAAAGUUUGUCCCCCAGGUUCUGGAAAAUCAUUUGUUGUCAUAAAUCAAAAAGGUAUUGAUCCAUUUUCAUUGGAUAUGUUAGCAAAAGAAGGCAUUAUUGGUUUAAGACGUGCUAAAAGACGUAAUAUGGAACGUCUAGCUUUGGCUUGUGGAGGAUCAGCUGUUAACAGUGUUGAUGAUUUAACUGAGGAUGUUCUUGGUUAUGCUGGUUCAGUUUAUGAAUAUGUUUUGGGCGAGAAUAAAUAUACAUUUGUUGAAGACUGCAAAAAUCCUUUAAGUGUUACUAUAUUAAUGAAGGGGCCCAACAAAUACACAUUAACUCAGAUAAAAGAUGCUAUUCAUGAUGGUUUAAGGGCAAUUAAAAAUGCUAUUGAUGAUGGCAGUGUUGUUCCUGGUGCUGGUGCUUUUGAAAUUUACGCAUGGCAAGAAUUACAAAAAUUCAAAGAUGAAAUUAAAGGUAAAAUUCGCUUAGGUGUUCAAGCCUAUGCUGAAGCAUUAUUAGUCAUUCCUAAAAUUAUUGCAAUAAACAGUGGGUUUGAUGCACAAGAUAUGAUUGUUAAACUCCAAGAGGAAUCUAGGGAUAGUGCUGUACCUGUUGGAGUUAAUGUUGAUAGUGGUGAAGUACUUCAACCAGUAGAUGCUGGAAUAUUUGACAAUUAUUGUGUCAAAAAACAAAUUCUUAAUUCUUGUACUAUUAUUGCCAGUAAUUUAUUGCUAGUGGAUGAAAUUAUGAGAGCUGGUAUGUCAUCAUUAAAGGGCUAAGAAUUACUUAUUUCACUAUUUUUCUAAUUUACUAACUUUAUGUAUUAACUUUUCUCAUGAAAAUAUUCAUUUUGUAACAAAAUUAAAUAAUAUUAGUUAUAAAACAAUUUUUUUUAAAUUAUCAAUUUAUUUCAGUUAAUUACUUAAUUUCAUUAAUGAUUUCUUAUCUCAAACUAUGUUCAUAAAUUGUCAUGAGUAUUACUUAUCAUGUCUAAUUAUUUGUCUUAUAAAUUAAUUAUAAGGACUAAUCUUCUUUAAAAGAUGAAAAAAUAAUUAAAUUAGUUAUAAAAUAAGUAAGGUGGCUAUUAAUUUUAUAAUAAAUAUUGGAGAGUCUUUAGAACUAAAAUUAUUAUUUUACUGUUAUAACAUCAGAAAUCAUAAACUACUUGACAAAUAAAAUAAUACCUACAACUGUUAAGUCAAUACGGUCGGCAAAAAAACUUCCUUAGUUGCAAAAUUUUUAUUCAAAACCUCUUAAAAAAUUCUUGUUUAAAUUAAUGAAAAUACUAAAUGUUGUUACAUCACCAAAAA